ACCCCCUCCCUGACCCCCGUGACCCCCACCCAGGCCCCCUCCCCAGCCCCCCCCCAGGCCCCCAGCGCCCCCCCCGACGUGUUCUGGGCCAGCCUGGCCCGUGCCCAGCUCUGCGUGUGGGACCUGCAGGGAGCCCUCGAGGGGCAGCCCCCCCCCAGGGACCCCCUGCCCCAGCACCCCUGGGACCCCCCCCACUGUGGGGACACGGCCCCCGGCACCGCCCCCCCCCAGCCUGGGGGUCCGGAGGAGAACGUGCAGAGCCUGGGGGUGGAUGGGAGCAGCUUCCAGGAGCUCCAAGGCUGUGGAUCCACGUUGGAGAACAUCUUCCACAUGUCUGUGGAUGGGAAUGUCCCACCCAAACCCAUGGAUAAGAGCAACUUCCAGGAGCUCCAAGGCCAUGGAUCUACAUUUGAGAGCAUCUUCCACGUGUCCAUAGGGGGGAACAUCCCACCCAAGCCUGUGCUCAUGGAUGGGAGCAUCUUCCACACGUCCAUGGAUGGGUCCAUCCCACCCAAUUCCGUGCCCAUGGAUAAGAACAUCCCACCCCAGUCCAUGCCCAUGGAUGGGGGCACUUUCCAUGAGGACCAAGGCCACGAAUCCACACACAAGAGCAUCUCCCUCGUGCCUUCAGGUGGGGCCAUCUCCCUAAAAUCCGUGCCCGUGGACAAGAGCAUCCCACCCGAGUCCUUGCCCUUGGAUGGGAGUGUCUUCCAGGAGGACCAAGGCUGUGGAUUCAUUUUUGGGAGCAUCUUCCAUGUGUCCAUGGGUGAGAGCAUCUCCCCCAGGUCCAUGGCUGUGGGUGGGAGCAGCUCCCCCACGUCCAUGCCCACGGAUCAGGGAAUCUCUCAGGAACAUGUGACUGUGGAUGGGACCAUCUCACCCAAGCCCGUGGCCAUGGAUGAGACCAACUCGUGCACAGGCAGGAGCAUCUCAGGGGAGACUGUGCCAGAGGGUGGGACCAUCUCACACGUGUCCAUGUCCACGGAUGUGCCAAAGGAUGGGACCAUCUCACCCAAGUCUGUGCCCAUGGGUAGGACCGUCUCUCAGGAGAAUGUAGAUUCGACCAUCUCACCCGAGUCUAUGACCGUGGAUGGGCCCAACUUGCCCAAAUCUGUGCCUGUGGAUGGGACCAUCUCACCCAAAUCUGUGCCUGUGGAUGGGACCAUCUCACCCAAAUCUGUGCCUGUGGAUGGGACCAUCUCACCCACGUUCAUGCCCAUGGGUGGGACCAUCUCUCCAGAGGAUGUGCCCAUGGACGCAGCAAUCCCAUCUAUGCCCAUGACCAUGGAUAGGACCAUCCCAUCCAGGUUCACGACCACAGAUGGGACCAUCUCACCCAAAUUCGUGCCCAUGGAUGGGACCAUCUCUCAGGAGCACCUGACCAUGGAUUUGACCAUCUCGGCCAAGUCCGUGACCAUGGAUGAGACCCACCUGUCCAAGACUGUGAUGAUGGAUGGGACCAUCUUGCCCAAAACUGUGCCCACGGGUGGGACCACAGCCCCUGAGCCCCGAGCCCCCGAACGCGGCAAAGAGGAGAAGAGUGAGGAUGAUGAGGUUGAUGAGGAGGAGGAUGACGACGAUGACCACGGCAGCACCUCCCCAGAGGAAGAUGCCGAGGACGAGGAGGACCUGGAGGAGGAGGAGGAGCCCCAGUUCCACACCAACCCCCUGUUCCAGAGCCGGCUGGUGGCCCUUGGGGGGGCCCAGGGGGUGCCCCUUUACCGGACCCACAGCGCCGCCUUCGCCGAGGGGGGGAACACCACAGGGGGCACCGGGGCAGAACGGGGGGACCCCCAAACCCCCCCCAUGCCCACAGCCCUCAGGGGUCACCCCGAAGGGGACAUCGGGGACAUCGCCGUGGAGUGGGGACCCCCUCAACCCUCAGACCGGGCACUCUCUGACCCCCCGGAGCUGCCCCUGGGAUCUGGGAGGGGGCAGCUGGAAUGGGCGGAGCAGGACCCCCCUGCAGUCCCCACCCCUCUGGAGCCCAGCCCAGCAAUGAUUUCAGCACGAUGGUGGCCCAGGAAUACCUGGAAUUCUUCCAGUUCCGGGGGCAGACGCUGGACCAGGCGCUCAGGUCGUUCCUGCAGGCCCUGGUGCUGUCGGGGGAGACGCAGGAGCGGGAGCGGGUCCUGGGCCACUUCUCCCGGCGCUUCCACCACUGCAACCCCGGGGCCUUCCCGUCCCCCGCACCUGCGCCGGGCCAUGACCAGCUCCGAGUUCGUGUCCAACCUCAGCGGGAUGAACGACGGGCAGGACUUUCCCAGGGAGCAGCUCAAGGCUCUUUAUGGCUCCAUCCGCAGCAAGAAGCUGGAGUGGGCGACGGAGGAGGAGGAGGAGGAGGAAGAGGCCGGGGGAGGGAAGAAGAUCCUCCCCCAAAUCCCAGAGCUGCCAGGGGGGGCCGUGACCUUCCGCAGGGGGUGGUUGGCCAGGAAGGUCCUGGCAGAGGCUGAUGGCAAGAAAACUCCCUGGGGCCGCCGGGGCUGGAAGCCCUUCCAAGCCGUUCUCCGCGGGACCUUCCUGUUCUUCCUCAAGGCUGGGGGGGGGGCCCGGGGGGUCUCCCGACGCCCCUCAGAACCGGGGCCCCCCGGGGCCCCCCCAGAGGAGGGUGGGGGGGCCGAGGAGCCCCUGGGGGUCCAUCAUGCCCUGGCUGAGAGGGCCCCCAAAUACACCAAGCGGCCCAACGUGUUCCGGCUGCAAACGGCCGAGCGGAGGCUGUUCCUGUUCCAGGCGCCCACCCCCGAGGAGAUGCUGUCCUGGAUUUCCCGGAUCAAUCUCGUGGCCGCCCUGUUCUCCUCCCCUCCGUUCCCAGCGGCCGUGGGGUCCCAGCGACGCUUCGUGAGGCCCAUCCUGCCCACGGCCCCCAGCAGGAGCCCCCCAGAGGAGCAGCUGCGGUGCCACGAGCAGUGGCUGGAGCGGGUGGGGCAGGAGCUCCUGGAGCACCAGAGGCACCUCCCCGAGGGCCGGGGCCGCGCCCGGGACCUGGACGAGUAUCGGGUCAAGAAGGAAUUCCUGCUGGAGGAGCGCCGGCGCUACGAGACCUACGUGCAGGUGCUGGAGACGUGGCUGAACUCGGGCGCCCGGGACCUGGAGGGGUGGGAGGCGCAGGCAGGGGGGGCCCCCCCAGACCCCCCCACUCUGACCAAGGCCCACUCGAGCCCCUCACUGGCCCCUGAGCCCCCCCCGGGCCCCACCGUCCGUGUCCGGAGGAACAUCUCGGAGCGAAGGACCGUGAGGAAAAUCGUCCCCAAGCGCAACAAGAACCUGCUGUGACCCCCUGGGGGGACCCCAAGGGACAGGAUCCCACCGGGGAGCCACCCCCAGGACCCCUCGGUACGAGGUUCUUUGGGGGGUCCCGGUACGAGGUUCCUUGGGGCCCCCCCAGUUUGAGCCACCCUGGGGGGAUUCAGGAUGGGGAAACUCAGGGAAAACACCCCUUUCCCCCUCCCAAAAAGGGGGCUGGGGGGGCUGAGGGGUUGUAACUCCCCCCCCCAGGACCCCCAGCCUCCCCCCUGCACCUGCUGCCUGCUGCUCUCUGUGUGCAAUAAAGGUGUGUCCCACCGCUGGCA